AAAAGGGUAAAAGUGCAACAAAUUUUUUCUAGAAUUCUCAAAAUUAAAAACUUACAAAUAAUGGAACAAAGGGAGUAUUAGAUAAUUGAAAUUGGCUUGGAUAUUAUGUGUUUUGGAACAUUCAAUUAUAUAUAGCAAUGCCUUCGCCAAUCUGCUAGUAUCACCUCAAUUUUUGUCCCUCGCAUCGCAGGACUAUAAUGUCUGGAUUCCUGUACUAGUGAUCCUGUCCUAUAUUGUGGCUUCAACAAAAACCAGCAUUGUUUUCUUCUGCUGCUACCUAGGACCAAAAUCUCUAAGCUCUCCCUUUUUCUUUUUCUUUUUUCUUUUCUUUUAGAAUUUGAAUUGCAAUAGAGUCGGUACUCUGUACUAGAAAUAACCAAUAGAGAGAAACAUUAGAAAAGUUAUAGAGAAGAAAGACUCAGAAGAAAAUGGUCCCUUGAUGUCUUUAAAGGAGGCAACAAGAUAGGGUAAGGCCCCCAGUGGGUUGGAAGCUGUUUUUCCCUUGCAUAUAUUCGCCUUCAAAACAUGGCACAUGCCUUUGUUUCUAGCACUAACGCACAUUUUCUCUUUAAAUACCUCUCUUGCUCCCUCUCCCUCUGUUCAAUCUAUAUCCCCCACCACUUUCACACGUCUAGUUUUCUUCUCUUCUCUAUUAUUCUUAUGGCUAUAAGAAAAUCGAACAAGCUUCCUCAAACGGCAGCUCUUAAGCAGAUAAUUAAAAGAUGCUCAAGUCUUGGAAAGAAACAAGGGUAUGAUCAAGAAGGUCUUCCUGAAGAUGUUCCGAAAGGACAUUUCGCGGUUUAUGUAGGCGAAAAUAGAAGCAGAUAUAUUGUUCCUAUAUCUUGGUUAGAUCAUCCUGAGUUUCAAAGUUUGCUUCAAAGAGCUGCAGAAGAAUUUGGAUUUAAACAUGAUAUGGGUCUUACAAUCCCUUGUGAAGAAGUAGUUUUUCAAUCUUUAACAGCUACGAUAAGAUAAAUAAUAAUGAAAAGAAGAACCAUUGAAGCAAUCAAGCAAUUAUGAUAUGUUUUGUAGCCAAAACCAGAACUAAUAUGCAUUUGUUUAACCUAGAGCUAGAUGGCAUACAUAGAUUUUGCUGUGAUUCCCAGAUGUAAUUUUCUUUCUUUCUUUGUUUGAAAGAGUUUGAUUUAUUAAAGAAAAUUUCUUUAUAUUUUCUCUUCUCGUUCACAGCUUCAGAGUUGUGUUUAGUUGCUUCAU